AUGAAGUGCUUUGUUUUUCUUUCCAGGAACUUCCGCUGUGACUGUGGAAAUAGCAAAUUCAAAAAUUUGCAGUGCAAGUUACUUCCAGAAAAGGGCAAGGUGAAUUCAGGAAAUAAGUAUAAUGACAAUUUUUUUGGAUUAUACUGUACUUGUAAAAGACCUUAUCCUGAUCCUGAAGAUGAGAUUCCAGAUGAAAUGAUCCAGUGCAUAGUGUGUGAAGACUGGUUCCAUGGAAGGCACCUUGGGGCGGUGCCUCCCGAGAGCGGGGACUUCCACGAGAUGGUUUGCCAAGCCUGCAUGAAGCACUGCCCUUUCCUGUGGGCCUACGCCCCGCAGCUGGCAGUUCCUCCUUUGACCAAAGUGAACUCCCUUGAAGACGAAGGGAUUAUCCUGAAUGUUGAGGAAAGCGAAGAACAGAAAAAAGAAAUAAAAAAAGAAAGUGGAGCAGAGCACCAAGAAAAGGAGGAAGGGAAACAAACAGAACAGUUUAAUGAGCCAUCUACCAGCUCCGGGUCUUCAUGUCCAGAGAUAGUUACUAAGAGUGAAGAACCAGUCUGCAAGCUGAAAGAACUCCAAAGCAAGCAUUUUUUAAAAAAAGAUACUGCCACCUUUUGGCCAUCAAACUGGAGAAGCAAAUUGUGCACGUGUGAGGAGUGCUUGAAAAUGUAUUCAGAGCUUGAAGUCCAGUUCCUGACAGAUGAAUGUGACACUGUCUUGGCCUAUGAAAAUAAAGGUACCAGUGACCAAGAAACUGACAGGAGAGACCCCUUAAUGGACACCCUUAACAGUAUGAACAGAGUCCAGCAAGUAGAACUCAUCUGCGAAUACAAUGACUUAAAGACGGAACUGACUGACUAUCUCAGGAGAUUUGCAGAUGAGGGAACGGUUGUUAAAAGAGAAGACAUCCAGCAUUUCUUUGAAGAAUUUCAGUCGCGAAAAAGACGACGGACUAACAGGAUGCAGUACUACUGUAGCUAGACAGAGGGUCCAAGGCUGAAAGGCCACCGGGGAAAACAAGUAUCCACUGACAAACAGAAAAGGCAUCUUUAAUAGUUGGCUUUUCCUCAACAUCCUACUGCCCAGGAAACUGCCUCCACUUUUUUCCUCGUUU